CGCCUGUUCGAAGUAACAUCUCUUAGCUUUUUUUGCAUAAAAAAGUGUGAAUUUAAACUAAAAAUCUAAAGUGUUUCGAAUUUCAAUAGUUAAAUUUCGAUUGAACUCCCAAAUUUAUUGGUAUUCACGAAGGCGUAUUUCUCGAAGUACAACCUCAGCAUUCGGGUAUAAAAAGUCAAAAUGCCAUUACCGACCGUUGAACAUUGCUGUUGUUGCGUUGACUUGAUAACUGCUGGUAAAAUCAUGGGUUGGCUUGGAGUCUUGAAUGGAAUCCUUUCAUUCAUUGGAAGUUUUAAUCAUAUCGGAAAUUUAUUAGCGGCUGCCGCUAGUAUAGCACUUAGUGCUUGUUGGCUCUAUGGAAUCGAAAAAUCCCAACCAAGCUACCUGCUCCUGAAUGUGGUACUAACAACGAUUGGUAUUGUGAUUCUUUACAUUGCUGAUGUCAUUAUUUUGCUUGUUGCUGUUUAUAUAGCAACAUUAUCUGAAAAGCCCAAAGAACUCAACGACUUCCCACUAGCUUUCAUUGUAUUCGUUGUCAUCCUCAUGACAAUACUAGCUACGUACUGUUGGGUUAUCACCAACUCUGUCUACGCAGCAGUGAAAGAACGUUCUAAAGAACUACCAAACGUUUACCAUGGCGUUUCUCGAGGUGUCUGUCAGGAUGCAUCUAAAAUUCCGGCUUAAUUUUUGGUCCACUACUGACCGACAACAUUAUCCAAAUCAAUCAAUGUCUUUAUAACUGUCAUGUGUAUUGGUGAAUGGACAAGUGAAUAUGUUGUGUCUUUCAAAACCAUUGCAACAAAUAUUGUAUGUUACUAACACAGCUUCCAAAAAUUCCACGUUGCAAGCAGAAUUCACUAAAGCUCAACUUAUUCGAAUGUGACAUUUCCUUCGAAAUAACUUCUCCAACUCCAUUGGAAUGUUACUAUUCCUGUCCAUUCCCUUCGUUCCGUGAAACAAUCGGUUCCAGUCUGCAGCUGUUAGUCACUUGUUGCUUGUCACUUGAACAACAACUUGUUUGGUUGUUCUCGUUUCGGGGAAUCCAGCAAAUAACUUUGGCCUUGGCCUAUUUUCCGUUUGAUUUUUCAAUUGGUCACCUUUUUCACUUUGAACGAAGACAAUAAAAGAAAAUCGACUCACUGCAGAAACUGAUUUUCACGUAACAUAAAAGCUUUCUAUGUUUAGCAUAAAAUGUUCUAAGUGUUUGAAAGAGAAAUGAAGAGAAGAUACGUAGAAAGUACAUCAGCUGAUGUCAUUCAGAGUGUUUCGAAUGAACAAUCAUAAGCGGAGAUUUUUUAAUGGUGAUUUUCAAAUCGAUCGUUUUUGAAGAGUUUUUCGACUCGUUGUCAAAGAAAGAGUUGACUACACUUGGCCAAACGUACAAACGUAUGCAGUCGAUUACAACAUCAAGAUGAACUACGUUGCAAUCAAACCAAAACUCAAAAGUGAUGGCAGGCAUUCAAGUGAUAGUUAAUUAGGCAACCAUUCAAAUUAAAUUGAAUGGAUUGCGUUCUGAAGCAUAUCCAUAUUGACAAUACUAAUUAAGGAAGAGUCAUUGAAAAUGUAACGAACGUGUAAAUCUGGAAUUGACUGAAUUUGAAAUUGCAACAAUUGAUGACGUUAUACCGUUCAUUCGUUAUUCACCCCAAAUUACAGAAGAUCGUUGUAUUUCAUCUUCAGAAGAACCACGAAGAUAAUCUCAACAUAGCCGAAUUGAACAAAGAACGGUCGAAAUUACCCAACGCAAGUAAAAUCACUGUUUAUCUAAAAGAACAUGUGUAUCUGGAGGUGAAAUAGGCCAAAAAUCGAACCGAAUGGAAUUUCAUUGAGAUUAAGCGAGGUGCAUCAUUUAAUGCACUGAACCAUCAUUUCAAUUAUGAGAACCAUGCCAGAGUGAAAUUUUGAAGAGGAAGAAUUUAGAUCAUUCAUUAGAAGCAAAAUUAUCUUACCAAUCAUAAUUAUCAUAGAAGUCAUAAAUGUAUUGCCGGAAUACCAAAAGACAGUCAAUGACAUCUCUAAACCAACUUAUUAAAUCAUCGAAUAUUUCGAGCAACUUUUUUCAGUCGUGUGUGGCUUAAGUUGAAUAUAAUCAACUUUACGGCGACACUAGCAGCUUCUCUGCACACACAUCGUAGAAGAGAGUACAAAAAUCAUAGUAUUUUGGCAAAUGCAUCGAGUAACCAUUGCAAAACAUCAAUACGUUUUGGCUAACGCGUAGUACCGGCCCACAGAGAAGCUGUUAGCGUCACCGUAAAGUUGAUUAUAUUCUAGUAAAGCUAUACACGUUUAAAAAAAGUUGCCGAAAAAUUCAAUGAUUCAAUGAGUUGGAAUUGAGAUGGCAUUGACUGCUAUGUUUCAAAUGACUUACAUUUGAAAUGUAUUGUGGCACUUUCCCUAUGAUAGAAGUAAAACUAAAAGAAUACUACUUUUUUCGAUGUCAACUAUUGUCAUACUUAAUAUUAAAACAACUAUGGUUUGAUUCGUUGAACAAUUGGCUACAUAUGUAAAUUGUGCUAACAUACUCACAUAUACGCACAUAGAUGUGUGAUGCGUUAUACGUGAACCAGGUGCUUGUGUGCCCAUAUAUAUAUUCCCCAAGAUUUUGUAUCGAAUUUUGCUUCUUCAACAAAGAAAUGAAAAUCGUCUGGAAGAUUUCGAAAAGUAUAUGUUUUUUUUGGCAUAAAGCAUCGAAAUCGAUAAUUAUUUGGUCAAGACAUGUCCAUUUUAUCAAUUUUGACCGAAAAAAAAUCUAACGGCCAAAUGUUGACCUGUUUCGAUG